AACAGAGUUUAUUCACUAAAACUACAAGCAGUGAAACAAAUACCAAAAACUUACAAUUAAAUUAUCAAUAUAGAAAUUUACCAUCCUUAGCUCCAAUUGCUGAUUUCGAUAAACUAAAGAGUAUAACUCUGAACACUUGGUCGAGUUUCCAAGGAUGACCUCUAUAGUUCAUCAAAAAAACGGAACAGACUUAAACAACUCAAUUUCUUCAUCUACAUUGAAUUCUAAUUCCGAUAUGAUCUUCUACAAGUCUGAGUUUCAUGAGCAGUCUGAGAACAAUGCUCUACCAAAUAAACCAGUUCAAGACUGUUUGACUGAUAAUCCUAAUCUAAAUAUUUCUAUUAGUAAUGUAGUAACAAACUUCAGUUUAAAAUCACAUUUAAACCUACGAUACUUAGCUCUAAAUGGUAGUAAUAUAGAAUACAGACGUGAAAAUGGGAUGUUAACAAUGAAACUACGUAAACCAAAUGCCACAGCCACCAUAUGGUCUAGUGGAAAAAUUGCUUGUACUGGUUCUACAUCUGAAACUCAUGCUAAAAUUGCGUCGAGACGUUUUGCUAGAAUCAUUCAAAAACUUGGUUAUCAUAAUGCUAAAUUUAGUAGUUAUAGGAUUGUCAAUGUUCUUGGAUCAUGUUCAUUACCAUUUCCGAUCAAAGUCAUACAGUUUUCGGAAAAGUAUAAAACAAUUGCUCAGUAUGAACCUGAGUUACAUCCUGGUGUUACUUUUAAGAUCAAAGAAUUAAAAGCUACAUUGAAAAUAUUUUCAACAGGCAGUAUUACAGUAACUGCUCCCAGUGUAGGCAAUGUUUACCAGGCAAUCGAGCAAAUUUAUCCCAUGGUAUAUCCAUUUCGUCGCGAGAAAACUGCAGAAGAUGAAAGAGUAAUACGCAAAUUAAUGACAAAAAAACGAAAUUUCACUGAAAUUGAUGAAAAUGUAUCAAUUUAUAACUCGGAAAACAGUGUAACAAAACGAAAUUGUGAUGGAUUAGCCAUUGGCAUAGUAAAAGUUGAAAACAAUUUAGAAAAUAUUAAACAAGAAUAUGAAAAUGAUCUCUGAAAAAUAUUUCAGUUACCCAAACUGAACACCACUUACAGUUUAGCACAUAACAGCAGAAUUUUUUUUAUAAUUUUUGUCAAGUCUUAAAUGUUUAAAAAUAAAUCAUAACUUAAAAUGGAAUUAUUAAUAUUUUUAAAAUGAUCAUUAUGAUAAAUGUACAAAAAUUAAUUUUUUUUUAGCAUUUUACUUUAGUUGUAAGCUAAUACAAUCUAGAUAACUAGUCUUUGUGUUUUACAAAAUGUACAUGUAUACAUGUAAUAUUUAUAUUAUAUCUAUAUAUAUUUUUUUUGUGUGUUAAUGUUCCUCGUUAGUUACAAAAAUAAUUUUGCUUUUAAGCUUUUUCCUCAUAAUAUUAUUAUUAUUUUUUUUUUGUUCCAUUUGUUAUAUAAAAAAAAAACAUUUUUAUGAAGUUUCCAAAUAAUUUCUCAUGAAUUUUAGUAUGAACAGCAGUAAUAAAAGCAAUAAUAAUAAUUUUAAUGUUAAUUUUUUUUUUUUAAUGAGUAAAUAAGAAAAAUGUGUUGCUUUUUAAAUUAUUGGUGCAUUGGUUAUUAUUUUACCUAAAAAAUUCAUUUCUUCGGGAAAUUAACAAAGUAAUUUCAUUAUCAUAUUUAUGUUUUUCAUGCGUAUGUGCGAUAGUUAUGAUUAUUUUUAGUUGAUAAAUAAAUAAUUAUAGGUUUUAUUUUGUUCUGCU